CCUGUUGCUGCACAAUGCUGGGAGGCCUGGGGAAGCUUGCUGCCGAGGGCCUGGCCCACCGCACCGAGAAGGCCACCGAGGGAGCCGUUCACGCUGUGGAGGAGGUAGUGAAGGAAGUGGUGGAGCACGCCAAGGAAGCUGGAGAGAAAGCCAUUGCCGAAGCCUUAAAGAAAGCCCAAGAGUCAGGAGACAAAGUGGCGAAGGAAGUCACCGAGACAGUGUCCAACACAGUCACAAAUGCCGUCACACACGCCGUGGAGGGUCUGGGCAAACUGGGACAGUGAGCACACCCGCCGCUGCAGCCAACCCUUCCCAAAUCUCAAUAAAAAGCCGUGAAAUGUG